AUGAGACUUGUGUUGAUUCUGAAGGAUAUCCUGUCUAUCGUCGCCGUCAAACAAUCAGGUUCUAUCAAAUAUUUGUUUAAAUAUAUUAAUAAGGGGCCUGAUAGAGUCACUGCUUCUGUUUUUCAAGCCAAUAGCACCAAGAAUAAUGCGGAACAGAAUGUAGCUGUAGAUGAGAUAAAAGCAUACCUUGAUUGUAGAUAUAUAUCUGCUUGUGAAGCUGCUUGGAGAAUAUUCAUGUAUGAUAUACAUUAUAGAUAUCCAGCUGUUGAAGUAUUACCUUUUCAUUGUGAAGAUGGUCAGAGUAUUGUGUAUAACGAUCAUGAUAAUUUGUGUGAUAUUGUUACUGAUCCAACUGUGAAAAUGACAAUGUUUACAGAGUGGAUGAAUUGUAAUAAAGUCGAUGAAUUUGCCAGGACAUUGAGGUAUGUUCAGUUUCCGGGAUAUUAUGUAUGGAAUGCUAAAAAUCGCAAAUGGAAUCGAAGAAAGCAUCCGUAUGGAUCAAUUGGGAGGGUACAUUAUGUCCCACCAUCACUUGGUGAUUGUUAUUACCUAAGGAUUUUACUGAAUCAUAUUAAGGGACCAACCUGUUUUGAAGAUAUAAAAACAGUUGAUGGGCAGGUAUUUCAAACAUUUAAAGAUGCAUGUUUUGCACGGGGGCUGUUGGAUGACGAUAAAGAAUAUGUUAAUGCUGUCAAAGAAGCUAGCACAUGGUCAACCGGAGAUUUCUUGAGGACCUUUUUUGUAAUGUUGUUGUUGUCAAAUUCGAUAUCUCGUCCUGGUGUUUUUUGGUCAGAAACGAAGUCCCUGUUAUGUGAAGACAUUAUGUAUCAGCAACGAAAGAUAACUGAUUUGGAUCUUCAACAGGAAGAACUUGAAAAUAUCUGUCUAUUUGAAAUUGAAAAGUUGCUACUUACCAAUGGAAGUACAGUGAGAAAUUUUGAUGAUAUGCCAAGUGUUCCAGACAAUUAUGUUUCAUCGUCGAACAAUCGAUAG